AUGAAUAUUGACAUAAGCGUAAAAAGAGCCGGAAUACUAUCAGGACAUAAAGCAUGUAUAACAAAAAUUCUGUUCAGCAAUGAUGAGAAUUAUAUCCUCAGUUCAAGUUUAGAUAAUAAAAUAUGUCUGUGGAAUGUGAACACGCAUCUACAUAUAAAUACGUACAAGGAUGUUCAUAAAAAAGGAAUAAAUGAUAUUGCUCUUUUCAAAGACAACAGCAAAUUUUUUUCAGCAGGAAAUGAUGCGUACGUGUACUUAUGGGACACCCUUUCCAAUAGAAUUUUAAAUAGAGUUAACGUGAAUGAUAAGGUAAAUGUAGCUAAACUGAGCAAAAAUGAAAAAUUACUAUUUUGUAGCAAAAACAAUUCAGUAAAUAUAUAUGACUUCAGGGAAAGAGAUUUCAAAAAGAAAAACAGGCCCCUACAAGUCUUCAGUGAUGCAAAGGAUUUAAUUUCCGAUAUUUUCCUUGAUGAGUUUGAAAUAUACAGCUGCAGUAUUGACAACUCUUUGAGACUUUACGAUCUGCGAAUGGGAAAGAUGAUGAGUUACGACAUGAAAUCGUCCAUUUUGAGUAUGGAUCUGACGAACGACAGAAAUUACGUGGGCGUUAAUUUAAUUGAUAAUAGCAUUAAACUGAUUGAAAAGAAUAGCGGAACUGUGCUGGGGCUAUAUAAAGGCGACAUGAACAACAAUCACAGAAGGAACAUAAAAUUUGACAACAAAAAUAAGUUCAUCCUUUCAUGUUCUUACAAAAACGAAUUGCUCAUUUACGAUAUUGUUAACAGUAACAUAAUUAACAGUACAACAUUUUACAACGACCUCGAAUUUGAAGAGGAUUUGGAUAUAUACAAAAACACGUACUAUAUAUUACCUAUAGGUAAACCAACUUACUAUUUAAAUAUUAAUAAACACAUACUAACAGAAAAUGCGUACAUAGACAGGGACAAAUAUAAUUCGAUUUUAAAUAAAUAUAAACACUACGGUAAAAAGGUAAGUACACAUUCAUCUGAUGCGGACUUUCAAAAUGUAAACAAUAAGAUAGUAUGCGGCGACAUAGAUGGUGAUAUACAUGUGUUACAGUUAUAUUAUAUGUAA